UGUUCAUCACAUCUUCAAAAGCCCAAAAUGGCCACUCCUUAAUCUCAAAAUUUCCGGCGAAACUCACUAAUCCACCGCCGCCGCAGCCCCUUUUCUUCCCUGUUCUCGACCGACCACCGGCAACUCCUCAUCAUUUCCGCUGUGGACUUGUGCUGGCCGUCCUCUCCUCACUCUCAGCUCAACAACAUCUAAAGCCCUAACUCUAUUUGUUCAUCAGCCAUAUAGAUACGGCAAUGGCACUAAUGAGGUCAUUGAAAAGCAUCACUGUCUCGAAUGAGCUACUGAAAGUGGUGGGCUGCAGAACAUUUGCUGCUGGAGGUGCUAAAGCGAAGAAAGGGAAGGGUGGUGCUGCUGGAGAUGCUCCCAAAGCAUCAUUGAUAAGCAAAGAAGUGAAAUCAACUACUGUUUAUGGUGCGAAUGUACUAAAAGACGGGCAAGACCCUAAAAUCUUGCCUGAUUCUGAAUACCCGGAUUGGUUGUGGCACCUGCUGGACAAACGCCCUGCCCUUAGCGAGCUAAGGAGGAAGGACACAGAAACUCUUCCAUUCGAUGAUCUGAAGCGUUUUGUCAAGCUGGAUAACCGAGCCAGAAUCAAGGAGAAUAACAUGUUGAAGGCCAAAAAUUAGGACACACCUAGUUUGUUUUGGACAUGGGUUUUUUUGACAUCUGUGGAUGAGUUUAUCAAGUUCUGUUUACAGGUAGAUUAGCUCUACUUUCCUCCACAAGAAAUUAUGUGGUUGAUGAUGAUCAAAUAACACUUCUAGAAAUGGUUGAUGAUGCUUUCAAA